UCCAAAAAGUUUCAACAACAAUAAGAUUUCUAAAUCAUUAUUAUUUAGAUAUGAUAGGAAAUAAUAUGGCCCAUUUUUUUGAAAUUUCAAGCCAUGCUUUUAACCCCACCAAAAUGCCACUAGUUUUUAUUGUGGUACCAACAUCAUGAUCCUAAUUCCUAAUGGUACUACAGUUUCACAGCACAUAAUAAUGUUCAGGGAUGAAAAAAGCAGGUCACAGGUGAGGUAGUGGAAGGAAAAUGAAGUCAGUAUUACUCACCAUUUUGAGCAAAAAAAGCUCUUUAAAAAAGUAAGAAGCAUAUAUUCCAACUUACUGCAGUAAUAAAGGGAUGGAAAUUGUCACAAUUCAAAUGAUCACCCAGAUUUUGAUUUCUCUAUCCAUUUCUGACGGGUAAAUUUUUAAUAACCUAAGUGUAGCUGUUAUAAAGAAACGGAAGAUAAUAUACCAUUUUCUCCACGAUGGAAUGAUUUAUAAAGCCGACAUCUAGUGAAUCUAUAUCGAUUUUAGAUCUAAAACCCUUAAGAGAUGAAAAAACAAUGUAGGUUACGUUUAUCAAGUCAUUGGUUCUUGAGUCUAUCACUUAAAUUUGAUAAGGUAAAAUUUAUCACAAAGAGAAUUAGCUGGAAAGCCAUUGAACUAAAUUGGAGUAAGUUUUCAUUUGAGGGAGAAGAAAAUACCCCUUCCGUCUCCUUGAGUUUUCACAAAGAUGACUAAAAAGGUCCCACCUUUGAUAUUUGACGAGGAUAUGACGAAAAUUCAAAGGAACGUAGGGAGUAUGUAGAGCCAACUAAAUUUAGUUGUGAUUUCACACGCAGAAUCACGCAUGAUUAGACACAAGAAAGAUUCGCUCUCUCCGUCCCUUUGAAAUUGCUACUUUUCUUUCUAGCUUGUCCCUUUUACAUUACCGCAUUUUAAAAGAAAAUAAUUCCCACCACUUUCUUUACUUAUCAUCCACACAUAUUUUCUCUCUUUUAGUUUUAAUAUCAUCCCCAUAAUUUAAAUAACCUCAUUAUUCCUUAAUCUUAAUGCCAUGUUCCAUUGUUGCAAUUUCAAAGAAACUGAGGGAGUACUUUUAGGGGGUGCUGUCAACUUAUUGUGGGUAAAGUUGAUUUUAAGUAAACACAACUAUUUAAAUGUUCUAAUUUAUAUAAGAUUGGGGGACUUUAUGGGAGUGUCAGAUCAAAAACCAAGACACAGGAAUCUAUUAAAGACAGAAAGCUUAGCUGUCUGUUUCUGUGCCUUGGGAGAUGGGGUGGCUUCUAAAAUCAUUGGAAAUGAUGAGCUAGUGAGAUUGAGUCCUUGCUUUCUUUGAAUGCCUCAAUUUAGUUUUGGAAGCAAUAGAAUAAAACCUUCUCCCUCAAGGACAAAAUUCUAGAAUAUCAUACUCUAGUGUUCACCAUAGAAGACAAGAAUAAUACAUACAAAAAAACACAAACUAGUCAAGCAAAAGAAAACAAGCAGAUAUUUAGACUUCAGAAUUCAUACUUAUAUGGCUCCAAAUAGUUGCUCAUCAUUUUUUGUCAAAUUAGUUGUUUCCCUCCUCAUUGUUGCUUCCACGUUUAGCUCCGCGCUCUCGCUACCCAGCAAUCAAACGCUUCAGCCACAACAAGAGCUGCAGAAAUUAAGGAGGAUCAGAGCUUAUAUCAAGAAAAUUAAUAAGCCUGCUGUCAAGACCAUUAAGAGUCCCGAUGGUGAUGAGAUAAAUUGUGUUCAGUCCCAUCUUCAACCAGCUUUUGAUCAUCCUGAACUCAAGGGACAAAAGCCCCUGGAUCCACCAGAUAGACCAAAGAAUUCAGAGCCUGUUGAUGAAAUGACACACAAAUUUCAACUAUGGACAGAAUCUGGAGAAUCAUGUCCAGAAGGAACUAUUCCAAUCAGAAGAACUAAAGAACAGGAUAUUUUGAGAGCUAAUAAAAUUGGAAGAUUUGGAAGGAAGCCUAGAAGAAUUGUAAGGCGAGACUCAGAUGGCAGUGGUCAUGAGCACGCGGUGGCGUUUGUUAAUGGCCAACAGUUUUAUGGUGCCAAAGCCAGUAUGAAUGUUUGGACGCCUCAAGUAACCGAUGCAUAUGAAUUUAGCUUGUCACAAAUUUGGGUCAUCUCUGGUUCUUUUGGCAAUGACCUUAAUACCAUUGAAGCAGGUUGGCAGGUGAAUCCAGCCCUAUAUGGUGAUAAAUACCCAAGGUUCUUCACGUAUUGGACGACGGAUGCGUACCAGGCCACUGGAUGCUACAAUCUACUGUGCUCAGGCUUUGUUCAGACAAACUCCAAAAUCGCCAUUGGAGCAGCAAUCUCUCCCAGAUCAAGCUUCAGCGGCAGACAAUAUGACAUCAGUAUCACAGUUUGGAAGGACCCAAAACAUGGACACUGGUGGCUUGAACUUGGAUCAGGGUUACUAGUAGGGUACUGGCCAGCAUUUUUGUUCAGCCACUUAAGAACAAAUGCAAACAUGAUUCAGUUUGGAGGAGAAAUUGUUAACAGCAGAUCCUCAGGUUUCCAUACAGCCACUCAAAUGGGUAGCGGCCAUUUCGCAGAUGAAGGGUUCAGAAGGGCAGCAUAUUUCCGUAAUUUACAGGCAGUUGAUUGGGAUAAUAACUUGAUACCUUUGUCAAAUCUCCAGCUUUUGGCAGACCAUCCUAAUUGCUACAAUAUAAGACAAGGAAGAAAUAACGUCUGGGGUAAUUACUUUUAUUAUGGAGGACCUGGAAGGAAUGUACAUUGUCCUUAAAAAGAAAAAAGAAAGAAAGAAAGGAAUUUUGAUUUUAAUUUUACUUUCAAUUUUGAUUCUGAUUUUCCCCCUUUUUUUCUCUUGGCUUCACUAGGGUUAGGUUAUGAGUAUUAUCUUAGUAGAGUAUUACUUUUCCAGAAAUCCAUUAUUCGAUAUGACCAGUGUAUAUCUAAGAAAAUACAAGUUGUUAAUAGGAUAUGAAGGGUUUUUUGUGUGUUGUGUUCCA